UGUGUGCAGUAGUAUGGCAGCUUCCGUCCUGCACGGUGUUUUCAAAGCUCUCUCGUGCCUCCCAUAAACCAAAGGGACCUCUGUCAAAUUCGACAAGUGGCAAUACGCGAUAGCAAAUCCAGUAACAUUGCUCGUAAUCCCUUUUUCAAGUGUUUUUUAUUAAUCCCGAGGGAUAAAAAUCUCUAGGUAACAAUUAUCCUGGGAAUGUUGAGAGACUCGCUGUUCCUACGAGCAUCCUGCCAAGAGGUGGGGAUCUGGAUACCUGAAACGAGCCAAUACUGAACGUCUCCAUGAGAUUUUCGAUCAGUAUGCCUCCCAGCAGAAGAAUGGGGAGCGGUUCAUGACCCCGGCUGACUUUGUGCGGAGCUACCUUGGCCUCUACACAGAUGCCGACUACAAUCCCGACUCUGUCAACCUCUUGGCAGGCAUCGUCGACACCAGCAAAGAUGGGCUCAUAUCGUUCGCUGAGUUUCAAGCAUUCGAGGGGCUUCUCUGUGUACCCGACGCCCUUUAUAAAACGGCCUUCCAGUUGUUUGAUACUAAUGGAAAUGGAAUGGUUGCAUUUGACGAAUUCGCUGAGGUGAUGAAGAAAACUGAACUCCAUCAGAGAAUGCCAUUCAACAUGGAGAGUAGUUUCAUUAAAUUGUACUUUGGAAAAGAUAAAAAAAGACUAAUUAGUUAUGCAGAGUUCAGUCAAUUCUUACACGAUUUUCACGAGGAGUACGCCACAGAGGCAUUCAAGAAAUUCGAUAAAAACGGCGAUGGUUUCAUAUCCACAACAGACUUUCAAGAUAUAAUGCUCAACAUCAAGAGCCAUCUACUCACUAAAGAAGUCAAGGAUAAUCUUGUGGCAGCGGUGGGCACCAGCGGCGGGAGAAAAGUCAGUUUUCCCUACUUCAUGGCAUUCAAUUCACUCCUCAAUAACAUGGAGCUCAUCAAGAGAAUCUACCUGAAUGCAACGGGCGGUCAUCGCUAUCAAGAAGUCACCAAGGAGGAAUUUCUGCAUUCAGCUCAAAUGAUGUCACAGAUAACACCACUCGAAGUUGAUAUUUUAUUCCAUUUGUGCGACCUUCUCCAUCAAAGUGGGAAAAUUGUCUAUAAUGAUUUGGUGGCCAUCACCCCAGAACAGUAUUUCAAACACAUUACCAGGCGUCUUGCAUUGCUGAAGGCUGUCUCGAGUCCUGACGAACGGGGAAUAGUAACGCAAAUCCUCGAGAGUGGCUAUCGUUUCGUCCUGGGAUCGAUUGGUGGUGCUGUUGGUGCGACAGCAGUCUACCCAAUAGAUCUUGUGAAAACGCGAAUGCAGAAUCAAAGAACAGGCUCAUUUAUCGGUGAACUUAUGUACAGAAAUAGCUUCGAUUGCUGCAAAAAGGUCAUCAGGCAUGAGGGAUUUUUUGGCCUUUAUCGGGGUCUGGUGCCACAGCUGAUGGGAGUGGCGCCGGAAAAAGCUAUCAAGCUGACAGUCAAUGAUUUUGUCAGGGAUAAAUUCGCUGAUAAAAAUGGAAAUCUACCUCUUUAUGGAGAAAUUAUUUCUGGUGCUUGUGCCGGAGGGUCCCAAGUGAUCUUCACAAAUCCCCUAGAAAUCGUGAAAAUUAGGCUCCAAGUAGCUGGUGAAAUCGCAGGUGGCUCCAAAGUUCGAGCCUGGACUGUUGUCCAAGAGCUGGGACUCUUUGGCCUGUACAAAGGGGCGAGAGCCUGUUUUCUCCGUGACGUACCAUUUAGUGCCAUUUACUUCCCCAUGUACGCUCAUACAAAAGCUAAACUGGCUGACGAAGGUGGAUAUAAUACUCCUUUGUCACUCCUGGCGGCUGGGGCAAUCGCUGGAGUGCCAGCUGCGGCUCUUGUCACACCGGCAGACGUUAUUAAAACUAGGUUACAGGUUGUCGCACGAGAGGGUCAGACCACCUACAACGGCCUUGUAGACUGUGCUAGGAAAAUAUGGAAGGAGGAGGGGGCGAGAGCAUUUUGGAAGGGAGCCACAGCUCGAGUGUUUAGAUCAUCACCACAGUUCGGAGUUACGUUGUUCACGUAUGAACUUCUGCAGAGACUGUUCGUGGUUGAUUUUGGUGGAACACGACCAACGGGAUCAGAGCAGAAAGUACCGUCAACGGGAGUUGCAGACGAGAUAAAAUCCACAAACCCCGACCACAUAGGUGGCUACGAGGUUGCCCUGCCCAUUCUCACUGGAAUUGAAACGAAAUUUGGUUUGUGUUUACCAAGGUUUCAAGCAGCGCCACGACCCCAACAGAAGUAAUCAACGUCCAGGAUGACCAAGACCAAGCGAAUUAACGUUGAGAAGAAAAAUUAUCACUGGCUGACAUAACCGUACACCAGAAGGGGGGAGGGGGGAAUAAUAGGGCUCGUAAGCGUUUCACCAGCCGAGCAAAAAGCUCUGUACCUUGAAAAAGAAGUAAUUCUCAUCCAAUUUAGCCCUUCCCCCCGUCUACGUUUCUGCCACUAGAUGAGACUCUUUUGCUAGCUAAAUGUACAUAUAUGAAAUAUGUAAUAUAUAACGGAAAUGAUGUGAGAGUGCAAGUGCGUGAAGAUGCAUGGAAGAGAUGAAAAAAAAUAUUACGAGGAGCGAUGUAUGAGCAGUGAACUCGAUUCUUUUUUUCUACCUAAAGAAUGACAUUCUAUGCACCAGUUACAUUCAGUAAUAUAUUUUCAUUGUCACUGAGAUGCUCCAGCACAAAGUAACUAGUAGAUUAAAUUGAGAGAGAAGAGUAAAGCGAUAAAUCAAAUAAACUGAGGGACUAAAUAAAUUACUCACCACAAAUUUCGAAGCAAUACGUUUCGGAAUUAUAUCAAUGGCAUGUGCAAGUACAAUUACGCAAUGGACUGGCUUCCAUUUAUAUUGUAAAUUCAUCGAGUUGGUAAUUCGGUGGAUUGGAAAAAUUAAUGAACGAGAUGUAUAGAGAUAAUUGUAAAGUAAAUGAAGAUGUUAUUGUGAAUACAUUUUAUGCUUCUAGGUAAAUUAAUAUUUUAAAAUCCAAAUAAAAAAUUAUUGAAAAAAUUUA